GCAAAACCAAAUAAAUUCCUGGAUCCUGCUUCCUCCUGUCCCUCAAAUAAACCAAAACCCCAACUCCAAAGGUCCCAUUUUCCGCAGCCAAAAAAUCAUGCUUCCCAAAAUACCCUUCCCCCUCCUCUUCCUUCUCCAUCUCCUCAUCUUCUCCGCCGCCGCCGCCACCGACUUCCAAUUUCUUAACGUCAAAGAAACCAAAUUCGACUCCAACGACGAUCGCAUUCUCCACAACCUUAACUUCUCCGACGGCCACCGGCAAGUUACCGGUAAAAAAUCCAACAGUAGCAGUAGCACUAAAUUCAAGCUGAAGCUCGUCCACCGGGAUAAGCUCCCGCCGUCCCACGUCCACGGCCGCCGCCACGGCUUCGUUGAGCGCAUGAAAAGAGACGCCUCAAGGGUCGCCGCCCUCGUCCGCCGCCUGUCCCACGGCGGCGCCGACAGCAGUUACAAGGCGGCGAAUUUCGCGACGGAUGUCAUUUCAGGGAUGGAAGAAGGUAGUGGAGAAUAUUUUGUUCGGAUCGGGGUUGGUAGCCCGCCGAGGAGUCAGUAUAUGGUUAUUGAUUCCGGUAGUGAUAUUGUGUGGGUCCAAUGUCAGCCUUGUAGCCAAUGCUACCAACAGUCCGACCCGGUUUUCGACCCGGCCGAUUCCGCCUCUUUCACCGGCGUCUCCUGUGGCUCCUCUCUUUGCGACCGCCUUGAGAAUGACGCUGGCUGCCACGCUGGACGGUGCCGAUAUGAGGUGUUGUAUGGCGAUGGGUCUUACACCAAGGGUACUCUCGCUCUCGAAACUCUCACCAUCGGCGAGGUCGUGGUUCGGGAUGUGGCGAUCGGAUGCGGUCAUACGAACCAGGGCAUGUUCAUCGGAGCCGCCGGUUUACUUGGUCUCGGCGGCGGCUCCAUGUCGUUCGUCGGCCAGCUCGGCGGUCAGACUGGCGGAGCAUUCAGCUACUGUUUGGUGAGUAGAGGGUCCGGUUCGACCGGAGCAUUAGAAUUCGGCCGGGGAGGACCGAUGGUUGACAGUAGUAGAUGUGAGCCUCAUCCGGAGAUGAGGGAGAAGAAGGAGGUGAAAAGACUCUCCAGUUUAUGGCCGCUUCUCUAUGGUACCAGUUGUUGCUUCAUUGAAUUUGCUUCAUUAAUAGGUUCACGAUUCGACUUUGAUCGUUAUGGACUGGUCAUUACAGAAGCUCGCAAUUCGUCAACUCGUUCAAGUUACCACAUGAUCGACCUUGGUAGCUCAACAGAAUCUUGA